CACUCAAAAAAUCCCAUCGCUUUUACAUCAGCCUUCCCUUUUCCGUCAACAAAAACUUUGUUUUUUCUUUGCUAAGGUUUUGAUUUUCAGGCAAUGCGAUGGGGAAAAAUGUUGGUGUCCUGCUUUUCACUCUUGUUCUCCUCUUCGCCGGCGUUUCUGCUGCUUCUUCGCCUGCUAGAAUUCUUAAUGGAGUUUUGUCCAACACAUUUUCGAAGUGGAUUCUAUCGCUCAAGGCCACAACUAAAACUGCUGUUUCGGGACGUCCGAUGAUGAAAUUCGAGGGCGGCUACCAUGUGGAGACGGUUUUUGACGGCAGCAAGCUUGGAAUUGAGCCCUACACGCUUCAAGUCUUGCCAGAUGGCGACCUCCUUAUUUUGGAUUCAGCCAAUAGUAAUCUCUACAAGAUCGCUUCAUCCUUGUCAUUGUAUAGCAGGCCAAGGCUGGUUUCAGGGUCGGGAGAUGGCUACUACGGACAUGUGGAUGGGAGACUGAGGGAAUCAAGAAUGAAUCAUCCCAAGGGGCUUACCGUUGAUGACAAAGGAAAUAUUUACAUUGCUGACACGGACAAUAUGGCCAUCCGGAAGAUAAGUGAUACAGGGGUCACAACAAUUGCAGGGGGCAAACGGGUUCGUGGAGGUGGACAUGUGGAUGGAGCAAGUGAGGAUGCAAAGUUUUCAAAUGAUUUUGAUGUGGUGUAUCUUGGAAGCAGCUGCUCCCUCCUUGUAAUAGAUCGUGGAAACAAGGCAAUUAGGGAGAUUCAGCUCAAUUUUGAUGAUUGUGCUUAUCAGUAUGGAAGUGGCUUCCCCUUGGGCAUUGCAGUUCUUGUAGCAGCUGGCUUCUUUGGUUACAUGCUGGCUUUGCUUCAACACAGGGUUGGUUUGAUCGUAUCUUCUGAAAAUAAUCGGGAAGCCAUGAAUGGGAGGUUAUCCGAACGUCAUUAUCAGAAGCCAUUAAAAUCGACGAUGAGGCCACCACUGAUUCAAUCUGAAGAUGAGCAAGAAAGGCAAGAAGAAAGUUUUCUGGGGUCUUUGGGGAGGCUUGUGGCACAAACUGGGGAAUCUGCUGCUGAUAUUCUGGGAGGAGUAUUUCCCAUGUUCAAGAAGAAAAAGCCAAACCCUCAAUAUCAGACGCAGCAUCCGUACCAACAGCAGCUCAAGUACUCAAAUGCUUGGCCCGUGCAGGAGAGCUAUGUUAUACCACAUGAAGACGAGCCUCCAUUUAUUGAAACCAGAGCUCCUACUCCUAAGAAGACGUAUGCCUUCAUGACGAAUGACUCUGAGAAAAUGCAGCAGCUUAGGCAAAGCCGCGCCUUCUAUUCUGGCUGGGAAGGUGACCUUCAGAAGCAGCAGCAGCAGCAGCAAACAAAGAAACAGCAUCAUCAUCAUCAUCAUCAGUAUCACGCACCACCUGCUCAGACCCACUACGAGCAAAGCCCUGAGACGACUAAUGAGAUAGUUUUUGGAGCAGUACAAGAGCAAGAUAGAAGGAGAGAAACUAUGGUGAUCAAGCCCCUAGAUCAUGGUGUUCCUCUCUACGAUCAUCAGAACAUUCGGUCUCGACUCGGGCGUUGAUCAGUAUGCAUACAGAGCUACUGAUUUGGUUUGAUCAAUAUAUUCAAUUGAGGAGUAUGGGGUAUAGCUGGAUGCCAGAUUACAGUAUAAGUACAUCUUUGAGAGUGGAAUAUGUUAUUCAAGUAGAAUAGUGCAAAGUUUGCUAUUUCUCUUUAAAAUACAACUUCAACAGCCCUGUGAAAAUGGGUGGAAGUUGUUCAAAUUUUCUUGUCAGUAACUAAAUAUAUACUUUAUUUAUUGAAUUAUGCAGCUACCACA